GGGUUCAUUUGUAUAUAUGUAAUUGCAAUUAUCUCAAAAUGGAGACACAACUAAAUGGGAAUCAGCAGGACUAUUGCAAUAUUCCCCAUUACAAAUUUAUUCACUGAAUAUGGGAUCCACGGCUCCUUGGAGGCAAUUGCUUUCAAAAUCACUGGACUCCAAUUCUAGUCUCAGGCAUGCUACCUACUUUCAACUUGCCACUGUCAGACCCGAUGGAAGACCAGCCAAUAGAACAGUGGUUUUCAGAGGGUUUAUGGAGGGUACCAAUAAACUUCAAGUUACUACGGAUUCUCGCACUCACAAGGUUGAAGAGAUUCGUCAUUGUCCUUAUGGGGAGGUGUGUUGGUAUUUUACUGAUUCUUGGGAGCAGUUUCGCAUCCAAGGGAAACUUGAUAUCAUUGAUGAAACAGACACUGAACCAAUGAGGCUUUUGAUGAGAGAGAGAGCUUGGUUCGCUAGCUCCCCAAGGUCAAGAUUACAAUUUUUGGGGCCUCAGCCUGCCUUGCCUGUGCUACACACUGAAGCAGAAACAAAACAUUCUCUGGAUCCAUCUGCAGGGCCAGUUGGAACAUUUUGUUUGCUAACAUUAGAUCCAGAGCAGGUGGACUACUUAGAUCUGAAGAACAAUCAACGUAUUGUGUUUAAACUUUUCACUCAAAGUAAUGGCAUUCAUGAGUGGAUGCAAGAAGAAGUCAACCCUUAAGUUCAGCCCUUUUAUCUAGAAACAAGGAUGGUCAAGUAAAUUCACCCCUUCUAUCUAGAGACAAUGAAUGGCAGCCAUGUUAAUUAAUGGUUCAUGUGUGUCUACAUGCAACAGAUUUGACAGAACAACUGUAUGAUUAUUCUUUACAAGAUCCAAUUUUCAUGUGUCCUUGAAUUAUAUGUUCGGAUCUAUGUUCGAUGUGUCAAUGUGGAACUGAUCUGAUUAUUGCAAUGCCAUCGGCUCUCGUAACUAUGACAAGUCUCUCAAAGCCUUUUAAUCCCCAAGCGAAAGAAGUUUGAUAAUGUGUCUGUAUUUUUAUUUUAACCAGGCACCACUGUGAUAACCAUCGUUGUAAAUGGUUAGCUAGGCAUAAGUUCUAUAAGAAUUGAUUGGUUUUUUA